AUGAGACGCUUCCAAGUGUCGCUACUUGUCUGGUGCGCUCUCGCCGUGCAACUGGGCGCGCAGCUCGCCAUGGGCGGCUCGUUGAUGCCUCCGACUGAAGACUUGCUCCGGCGACAGCUGAAUGGCCAACCGAUUCCGGAAGCGCCCGUAUGUAUUCCACCGCAAGUGACAUCUCCGUUGACCAACAGUUACCCCAAGUCGGCAGUCACGACAGUGCAGACAGGCAAGAGCUGCAGCCGGUACGGUAACGCGCCCGCACGCGUCGUGUCGAAUCUAGAAUCGCCCAAUGGGCUGCAAGACUACCUGCAGAUCUGCCACGGACAGAUCCUGAGCAUGACGGACAAAGCUGGACUGAAGCGAGCUGUGUGCUUUUACGCCAACCCGAGAUCCACCAAGGACAAGCCUCUGCCGUUGCUCGUAUAUCUGCACCCGUCGCUCGCCGGGUCGACGAUCACGUUCCCACUGACCGGCUACGACAAGGUACGUGACACGCAGUCGCUCAACAACCAAGAUCCCAGCCGUCUCGGUUUCUCGUACAUCCUACCGGCGGGUAGAAACACGCAACAUCAGUAUACUUUCCCGGACAACGUCGGUUUGGGCUGGGACAACUGGUACCGUAACGUGGACCGCUCUUCGCCCGAUCUCAACAUCGACGUUGACUUUAUCGACAAAUCGAUCGCGUACGCCAAAACCAACGUCCCCGUCGAUCCGCGCCGAGUGUUUCUGACGGGAUGGUCGAAUGGUGCUGCCAUGGCUGAAUUGUACGCGGCGCAGACAGAUGGUAUUGCAGCGGCAGCUGUCUACUCUGCUCCGGACCCGUACCGUGAUUCUGAGGACCCAUGCACGCAGGUUCCGUACCCCACGUAUGCUACGCCGGUGCGUGAUGUGCACAACGACUGCGAUAUCGUCGGUAUAUGCACUACGGCCAAGUACUACAAUGACGAUCUUAAAAAGCGCUACCCUUCACUGCAAAAGAGCUUGGUGGUGCUCGAUGUGCUGACAGCGGCGGUCAAGAGCAAAGAUGCCAAUGCGCAGUGCGACCCAGCGUGCCAGGGUACGUGUGUGGUGACCACCGGAGCUUUGGCACACCUCCGCUGGCCAACAGCGCGCAAUGCCGAUACCUUCUUCUCGUUCUUGCGCGCCAACCCUCUCCCCGAGUCCGGCACGUGGGGUGCACCUUGA